UAUGCCAAACGGGCGCCGUCUCGUUUGCUGCCUGCGCGCGUCUCCAAGGAUGAGAAGAUGCUUGGAUGCAUCCAUUACGGAUUUCGUUCUUAUUUGAACUGACUAACGAUUUAACUAUGUUAAUGUAUACGUUUCCGCACCCUGUUCGUGUAGUUUGUGGGUUCUGCUUAUGUUGAACGUGCUAUCGGUGUAUAAAGUCCCUUCGUUGCGUUGGUGCUGCGGAAUACAAGAGAGCCGAGCUAACAUCCGUGGAAGAGAGCUAAUCAAUUUAGAGAAGAGAAAAAGAGGGAUAGUUAAGGGGUUGGGGAACUGACGAGAAGAGAGGGAACGAAAGGAGAGAGAACGUCGACCUCACACCCCAGAAAUUGAAACGGAAAGUGAGGAGCAUCUACCCUCCAUAGAGACACUCCUUUCAAGAGCCGAUUCACCAAACAACUCCUUUUUUAUUGGAAUAAUUGUCAGGGGACAAUUAUUAAUUCUCCCAAAAAAAUAUGCUGAAAAAUAGACGGCAUUCUAUAUUUAAACUGACAUGAACAAAGUCAAGUGAGGAAAUAUAAAUGAUAAAUCAAGAGACCAUUUAAUAUCUAACAGUUCUUCGUGGUUUUUAAAAUGACUUGAAAGAGAAGAAUAGAAUGUACUGGUAAAAUGAACAUCAAGAGAACCGCUUAAUUGUCUUGUAUCAGAGGUGAUUUAUCAACAUAAUAGAACUAAGGGUGGGUCAUGACCAAUUUGCCAUGCAUGUUGUCAUGAUGACCAGCCCCUCCACCCCCUCCCCCCUCCUCUGGUUGGUCCAGCUUUUGCUGUGGCUUCACCACCAUGGACCUCAGCUGACAGGGGCCGUGCCCCCAUGUCCCAACCCCUGUAGCUGCUCCAAUCAGGCAAGCCGCGUCAUCUGUACAAGGAAGAGUUUAGAGGACGUACCGGAUAGUAUAUCUGUGAACACAAGAUACCUCAACUUACAAGAGAACACGAUUCAGGUGAUAAAGUCAGACACGUUCAAGCACCUGCGGCAUUUGGAAAUACUGCAGCUCUCCAAGAAUCACAUCCGACAGAUUGAGGUGGGCGCGUUCAAUGGCCUGCCAAACCUCAACACCCUUGAGCUCUUUGACAAUCGCCUCACGCUGGUACCAUCGCAGGCCUUUGAGUACCUCAGCAAGCUGCGGGAGCUCUGGCUACGGAACAACCCCAUCGAGACACUGCCAGCGUACGCUUUUCACCGCGUUCCCUCCCUGCGCCGCCUCGACCUGGGCGAACUCAGAAAGCUGGACUACAUCUCUGAGGCCGCCUUUGAGGGCCUGGUCAACUUGCGCUUCCUGAACCUGGGCAUGUGCGGCCUGAAGGACAUCCCCAACCUCACACCCUUGGUCAGACUGGAGGAGCUGGAGCUGUCAGGAAACCAGCUGGGGAUCGUCAGGCCGGGCUCCUUCCAGGGCCUGGUGUCACUGCGCAAGCUGUGGCUCAUGCACUCCAAGGUGACGGUCAUUGAGCGCAAUGCCUUUGACGACCUGAAGAACCUGGAGGAGCUCAACCUGUCCCACAACUCUCUGCAUUCACUGCCCCACGACCUCUUCACCCCGCUGCACCAGUUGGAGCGGGUGCACCUCAACCACAACCCCUGGGUGUGCAACUGCGAUGUCCUGUGGCUCAGUUGGUGGCUCAAGGAGACAGUGCCCAGUAACACCACAUGCUGUGCCCGUUGCCACGCGCCCCCAGUCCUGAAGGGCCGCUACAUCGGUGAGCUGGACCAGAGCCACUUCACAUGCUACGCUCCCGUCAUCGUAGAGCCACCCACCGACCUCAAUGUCACAGAGGGUAUGGCCGCGGAGCUGAAGUGUCGCACUGGCACCUCCAUGACGUCUGUCAACUGGCUCACCCCAAAUGGCACCCUCAUGACCCAUGGAUCGUACCGCGUCAGGAUCUCAGUCCUUCACGACGGAACCCUGAAUUUCACCAACGUUACUGUGCAGGACACGGGCCAAUACACCUGCAUGGUGACCAACUCCGCAGGCAACACCACGGCGACUGCAGUGCUCAACGUGUCCUCCUCCGACUCCAGCAACCCCUACAGCUUCUUCACCACCGUCACUGUUGAAACCGUGGAAACAAACAAUGGUGAGGAUGCUGGUAGGCAGUACAUCAACGAAACCUACGUACCACCAGAUUACCUGGGUCCCACUUUUUCAGGAGGGGUACUGGGUAAAGGCAGGGCUGGAUUCACCAUAUCUCCAUCUCGCUCUUCUCUCCACUCUUUCUCCCCGCGUGCCACCAGAAACACUGAAAAUACAGUCACAGUGUCGAUAAUGGAUGUCACAAACAUUACUGGCCUGGACGACGUGAUGAAGACCACCAAGAUCAUCAUUGGCUGCUUUGUGGCCAUCACCUUCAUGGCAGCCGUGAUGCUUGUGGUCUUCUACAAGCUGAGGAAGCAGCACCAGCUGCACAAGCACCAUGGCCCCACCCGUGCUAUUGAGAUCAUCAACGUGGAAGACGAGAUUGGUGCCGGGGCCGGGAGCGGCAUCUCAGGGGGAUCGACCAUGCAAUCUGGGUGCGGAGGAGACGGAACAUUGAGGAUGCAUCACCCGGAAAUAGUCAACCUUCCCAACAUUGGGCGAUCAGAGCAUCUUAACCAUUACUACAAGGCCAAUCAUUUCAACAACAAUGUGAUGGGUCUGAGCAUUGGGACAGGGGCAGGAGUCGGUACUCUAAGCAACAAGAACAAUCUAUCUCCACUUAACCAGCAAGGCCAGGAUAUCCCAAUCUCCUGUACACAGGUUCCAAUCCCCUCCGCCACUUUCCAGACCAUGUCUGGAAAUGGCACCAACACCAACCCUCUUUCUGUUUCUCCACCUCUGCCAAUGUCCCUCCCCAUGCCCCCCAUGGGAUUACAUGGAUCGAUCAAGGGUUUCAUGGGCCAGAACCAGAACCCACAAAUGGAACCUCUUCUGUUCAAGGGAAACUCAAAGGAAAACGUUCAAGAGACUCAAAUUUGAGAACAAAGAGUGAGGAAAGAGAGAGAGUGCAAGGGAACGACAGAGAGGGGAUUGAUGGCUGGUUUACGCACUGAAUGAUUAGACACUACAGUGCAUUGACAUUACACCAAGAGAGAGGAUAGACUGACACCGCAAUACACAAACGCAUAGGCUGGUCAGCUAAAGUGUACUGAGCCAAGGAUUACCACAAUGGGCCACUUGUGUUUGUAGUAACGGUCACGGCAAUGGAGUUAAAUAUCGAACAUCGCUACAAUGUAAAUCUGUGCCAAAGCAAAUGUUUCUUGCAGUUUCUAUGACUUGUAUUCACAUAGAAGAAAGUACUGUGGCUCAAUUCCCUAAGUCAUUGUUGGCCAGUCUGUCAAGACAUGCACAGCACGUACCACAUUGAAGUUUGAGUUAUGAGACAUAACAGGACUAGACAUUUCUAGUCAUUUCUCUUUUACAGAAAACACUUGUGAAAGACACU